CUCCUGUUUUCAAUUGCUUCAUCCUUUCCUCCUAGAGUAUCUUAUUCGUUGUUGAUCGGCCCAGUUGCAGCUUGCACGCAGCUCCGUCGUCAAGAUGGUUCGGUGGGGAAAGCUCUUCAACCUGGACGGCCACGAUACGCGUCGUGGCCUUCAUGAUGAAUUACGCGCACUACUCCCAACCCGCCGCAACGAACAACCUCCUUCUCCCAUACCUUCCAAAGAAGUCACAAAGGUCGCGUUGCGUCUGAAAUACCAGAUUGAACAAGUCAUACCCUGCGAGCUGGAGGAAUGGAAGAUUACAAAGGCCCACAGUUCCGUCAUCACACCCGCCGUGAUCAAGGCCGCCAAGGACGCUGGAGGAGAAGAAUACAAGAGUUGUGUUAUUUACUGUCUGCUCGUAGUCAAAAAAUGGUUCAAACGCCAGGCCAUCCUGGAGCUCUGGGACUCGGACUUGCACGAUGUCCGCGCUGUCGCCUGUGAGGUCAUGGCGAAGGCCAUCAUAGAGGAGGAAGAGGACAUGACUUAUCUACUUCAGGAUGUCCUACUCAAGCGAUACUCCAUUAUAAUCAAUGGCAAGGACUCGCUUCCAGCGAAUGCGAUCGAACGGGCUGUCGAUCUCCAUGCCCUUCGCGUGAUUGGAUCUUCGGGCUAUCAAAAAUGCAUAUCUUUCCUCUGGCGCGGCUGGUUGGUUCAGGACGACGAAGAUCCGUCACGAUUUGUCGACUACAAGAAAAAGACAAACACUAGUUACUGGGCGCAUUUUGAUCCUGACAGGAUGCGCGUUCCUGUGUAUCAGAACACUGUUCAAAUCGCCAUGUCUCUCAUUUUCCUAGGACUCUACACCGGAGCAGUCAACACGAUAAACCCUACCGGUGACCUGGACAUUGUUGAAGGAUUGCUGUACCUCUUCACCCUGGGCUUCAUAUGCGACGAGUUUGCUAAGUUCUGGAAAAUUGGCCGUUACUACGUUGGAUUCUGGAACAUAUUCAACAGCACGCUAUACGCCUUGCUGACAGUCUCUUUCGUCACGCGUAUGAUUGCCCUCUCGCAUCCUGUACACCACGAAAAACGCAGGGAAUUCAACGAACUCUCGUACAACUUCUUGGCAUUCUCCGCUCCCAUGUUUUGGAUGCGACUGUUACUCUACCUCGAUACCUACCGUUUCUUCGGCGCCAUGUUGGUCGUCUUGAAGGUCAUGAUGAAGGAAUCGCUGAUAUUCUUUGCGCUUCUUCUCGUAGUCUUGAUCGGAUUCUUACAAGCAUUCAUGGGACUAGACCAAGUUGACAACGAGUUGGAGGAUACCGGUUUCGUGAUCGAGGCUAUGCUUAAAGCUAUUAUGCAGAGCCCGGAGUUUGAGGGAUUCGACACUUUUGCUCCCCCUUUCGGUCUUAUUCUUUACUAUAUCUUUACCUUUGUUGUCAUGGUUGUUCUCCUGAACAUCUUGAUUGCACUGUACAACUCUGCAUAUGAGGACAUCACGGAAAACGCUGUUGAUGAAUACAUGGCUCUAUUCGCGCAAAAGACCAUGCAGUUCGUUCGUGCUCCCGACGAGAAUGUAUUCAUCGCCCCCUUCAACCUCAUCGAGCUUUUCUUGCUCGUAAUUCCCUUCGAAUGGUGGAUGCCCUACGACAAGUACCAACGACUGAACGACUACGUCAUGGGCGUCAUCUACUCGCCCCUCUUACUGAUCACCUCAUUCCUUGAAACGAAGCAGGCACACGUUGUUAAGUACAACCGGAAGAGAGGGGAGGAGGACGAUGACACCGUUGAGGAGUGGGAGCAGCUGAAUGACGAGUGCGACUUCGAGGCCGAUGGCUGGACCAAGAAAGUUGAGGACUCGAAGCCGAACGUGGAAACUGAUGCCGCCAUUCUGGAGCUCAGGAAAUUGAGGAAGGAUGUUAGCGAGCUGAAGGAAUUGAUUGAGGGACUCAAAGGAACCGUAAAUGGAUCGUAGGACUAGCCCCACGAGCCUAUUCUGAGACUGCCAGUAAAUACUUUUACGAUACGCGCAGCCCUUGUGGCUUCUGUAUAUGUUUCCGGUUGGCGAGGAUUAUGUUGGUGGCUCUACUUGGGUGGCUAGCGAUCGAUUCUCUUGUCUAGGUUCGUAAUCCGCAUCUAUAAUCACUAUUCGUAAUUGAACCGCGUCCUAUUUCUUAUUAUUUACAUUGUACUCCUAAGCUGCUUCUGAAGGUUCCUUCGCAUAAUAUUCAGCAACCAAGGAACAUUAUCCGUGUUUCCCACCUUCAAUAAUUCUCUCUGUGUACAAGUUUGGUGUGUGAGUUUUGGGGUCAUUUGAAGUUACUCCUUACUUGAAAUUGAU